UCUGCUUUCCGCUGCUUUCUUCUGUUUACACAUGGGGCGGAAAUGAGGAUGCGUGCCUGAGUGUUAGCAAAGCGUCUGGACGUAUAUACGCUGCUCGCUGUCCUUUAAUCUUAUCUACUGAUGUUCGCUUCAGGGACUGGAUUAUUUACUGAAUAACUGGUUGUCUGUUGGUCUCGAUGUUGGCGUCAUGAUGGAUAAAACAACGCUGUCAGCAGCAGCAGCAGCGGUAGCGGCGCUUCAGUACUGCAACAUCGUUGCAGAAGCAUACAAUAAUGGCCAGCCAUGAGCAACUGUAGAGGUGGACAGAAGGAUGACCGAGAGAGGAAAUGAUGGAGAAAUACUUUCCCAAAUACGUCCCUUUCUUCAGUCUGCUGGCACUGUCAGGACUGCUCUAUCUGCUGUGGAGCAUCACCUCGCUGGAAAGCUGGAACUGUCAGACAGUAUCAACCUUCUAUCAGCUUCAAAACAGCAUCCAGUCGGUCUUAAAAACCUCUGAGCUUCUUCUACCCGCGGAGUUCAACUACUCGUUCUGUGCCCACCUUGGCCAGGAGCCCACUGUCGAAGAGGCCAGAGAGGAGAGUUACCUUCUCAAAACCAUUGCCUGGCCCGAGUCGUCAAUCCUGGGACUGCCUCUGCGUCAAAGUAGCGACCCUGCACAAAGCUAUUACAUCAUCCAAGACACUGGAGACCUGCGGGUCGGAGGGCAGCUGGUGGUCAAAGUGCAGAUGCACAACUUUUUGGGCCAACCCAAAAAGCAUGGAGGAGACUUUCUAGUUGCGCGACUUCACACACCAGAGUUGGUGGCAGGAGUCGCGGGGCAGGUCCGUGACCACAACAAUGGAAACUACACUUUAUUUUUUCCGCUGCUUUGGGCAGGUGUUGUCCAGGUGGAGCUGACCAUGAUUCACUCCAGCGAAGCCGUGAUGGUUCUCAAGCGACUGAGAGAGGAGCAGUCGGACAGAGUGUUUUUCAAGAGCCUCUUCCGCUCAGGUUACAUCUCUGAAACCACUCUGUGUAAUCUGUGUUUGCCCCUCAAGCCGCAGCCGCUUUGCAACUACACAGACCCCCAGACUGGAGAACCCUGGUACUGUUAUAAGCCUAAGAUGCUGGACUGUGAUACACGGAUAAACCACUCCAAAGGGGGGUAUAAGAAAAACCUUCUCACUGUUUAUGAGUCACAGUUCUUCCAAAGUGGAGUAAAUAUCAAAGUUCCAAUACAUUCUGCAGGGAUGGACAAUGUGACUGUUCGGCCGGCUUCUAAAGGACGAACCAAAAAGAUGCGUCUUGAAUUCACUCCAUCUGGUUACUACUACAAAGGAUCAUGGAAGUCGUUGAGUGGUGUGGUCCCGCGUCAGUUCAAUACCUCUUCACUUAUAAACCAGUGUCUUAGAGGCAAAAUGCUGUACAUGUACGGAGACUCCACUGUGAGGCAAUGGUACGAGUAUCUUAUCACACAUGUCCCAGAGUUAAAAGAAUUCAACUUUCACAGCGCAAAGAAUGUUGGCCCGUACAUGGCAGUGAACAUGAACUACAACACACUGUUGAAGUACCGCUGCCACGGGCCGCCUAUCCGCUUCACCUCAGUCUCCUCGGCUGAGAUGCGCUACAUCUCAAACGAGCUGGACGGCUUGCGCGGGGGUUCAGACACAGUGGUUGUGAUUAGUAUCUGGUCACAUUUCAGCACUUACCCAGUGCCGGUGUACAUACGACGCUUGCGCCACAUCCGCAAGGCCGUAAUCCGACUGCUAAACCGAGAACCCACCACUCUGGUUUUCAUACGCACCGGCAACCUCCAGAAGCUGGAUGCGGAGUCUAGCUUGUUCAACAGCGACUGGUUUUCCCAACAGCUUGACGCUGUGCUGAGAGCCAUGUUUAAAGGUCUGAACGUUCAGCUGGUGGACGCCUGGGAGAUGACGCUCGCCCACCACCACCCGCAUCAACUGCACCCUCAACUCGACAUUGUAUCCAACAUGGUAAACUUCAUGCUUUCCCACAUCUGCCCAGUGAGAAAAAAGAAAAAACGCGGUUAGCUUAUGCAUGCGCUGUUUGUGGGCAUUCUUGAGGAACUAGUGAGUUUGCUCUUACCUCUGGCUUUGGGAUCAGCUCUUUCGCCAUGUAUUCAGCCAUUGUUUGCUAUGUGUUUGGACUUACAAAUGACCGUGAUGAUUUUGCUUGCAAUAUUAAAAUGCAAAAGCAUCAGAAGUUAAUGUAGCCUUUGGCAAAUUUGCACCGAUACCGAUAUCGUUAUAGGGCUCGAUGCUGAGCUCACGUACUCCGAUACCAAAGACAGAUACCUACUUUUGAUUGUUACACAACAUUUAACGUUGUUAUAUAGUGGUAUGCUACAAACGUUUAUUUGGUGAAAUAAGAUUUGGAGCUUUUUGACAACUUUGUGACCGGUCGCUAAGGAUUUUUAUUUAAUUUUAUUAUGUUCUUGGUUUGCUAAAUGUUUGUGAAAUGUUUUGACACUUUGACGAAAAAGAAAUCUGAGUUACUGUUGUUCAUAAUUACAGAGAAGCUGUGCUAAAGCUAUCCAGUCUAACUGUGUCAUAUUUCGGAAAAUGGCAUUUUACCAAAAAGUACCAAAAGGUAUCGGUAUCAGUAUCGGCAAGUACCAAAAAAAAAAGAUCAGUAUUCGUAAAUGGUAUCGGUGCAUCCCUAUUUUAAGGAAUGCUUGAAUUUUAUAAAUUUUUUUGUUCAAAUGUUCAAAACAUUUUCCUUGAGGAGAUUAAAGAGGGUUUGGAUGAUUCAAAUUGGCAGAAUGUUUAAUGUAACUGACUGUAUAUUGUUAUUAGUGGUGUAACGAAUCACAAAUCUCACAGUUCAGAAUCGGAUCACACUAUGGUUUUUGAGUCUCGAAUUGAUUUUCGGAGCAGCUAAAAAGAGAUGAGACAUGUCAUUUGCUUUUCAUUUAUACAAAAAUAUUACUGCAAAGGGUGAUCCCUAUGCAAUUGUUUUACAUGUUGGAUUAACCUACAAGUUCAAAAAAGUUAUUAAUCUGUGGGUCACGUGCAUUCCGAACUGUGGGUUGUGAUCUGUACGGAUCACGGAUCAACCAUGAUCCAUUACACCCCUAAUAGUUAUAAUAAUAAUAACCUUUAUUAAACAAGGUAAGUCAAUUGAGAACCAGUUCUCAUCUACAAUGACGACCUGGCCAAGAGGCAACAUAUAAAGCAGAUACGAAGCAGCAGGGACACAAUACAAUAACAAUUUCACAGAUGCAGAUAAUGACAUAUAAAACCAAGGACAAACAGCAAGCACAGUGAUCUUGUACUGUUAACUGGAUUGAAUUUGUAAAGGAUGAUAGUGGUAUAAAAGUGUUGAGCUUUAAGAUCUGCUGCAGAUGAUACUGAAAAGAGUAGCGACCAAAUGAGGUUCGAACUUUGGGUAUGCAAAGGUUAAUAAAACUAUUGGAGUGCAGAUUUGGACAUGUUUUCUGAAUGUUAAGAAGUAAAGCAAUAGAUUUGUUGACGUGAUUGAAGAGAGGCCAAUUCAAUAAGGAAUACAGUUGACAGUGAUGAGUAUUAAAUGGCGCACCAGAAACAAAACCAAUUGCUGCAUGAUAAAUAAUAUCCAGUUUGUGAAAGAGCGUUUUCGAAGCUGAACUGUAAAUUAGAUCCCCAUAAUGCAAAAUUGGUAAUACUGUUACUGGUAUUAGACCAAAUGCUGCUUUGAAGAGUGCAUAAAAGAAGAUUUAAAGAGUUUAGAUGCAAAAACCUCUAAAUGCUGUUUGAUAUUUUUUGUAAAAUUACCAUUUCUCUGAGUCUUGUGUGUAGGCUCAGACAUUUUACUUUUAUAGUCACGAAUAAGUUCUUUUCAUUGCCUUUUAAAGUAAAAUACUUCAACAAAAACAUAGGAGGCUGGGAAAAAUGCUCAUUGUAGGAGAAAACUUCAGAUGGCAUUUAGAGGUUUUUGCGUCUGAACUCUUCAUUUGUUUCUGUAAAGAAAGCCAAUAUGAGCUUUAACCUUCUGAGCAAUUAAUUUAUGCGAGUUUCAAAUGACCGUUUACCAUCUAACCAGAUUCCAAGAUAUUUGUAGCAGUCAACAUAAUCAAUCUUAGUACCGUCCAAUGAGGACGUUUUAGGGAGGAAACUUAACAUGUGGUACAUAUUCAAAACCAUAUAUAAACUAAAUGAUGAUUGGUAAACGCGCAUUGGAUGUUUAAAAAAAACUUUGUUUAAAAGUCAGAGAAGAACUAGAUGUAUAAAUGAAGGUAUCGCCAGUGUAUAUAUGAAUGUAAGAAUCACCUGCAGCAGAAGCAAUCUCAUUAUCAUGAAUGUUAAAAAGUGUAGGCCCCAAUAUGCUACAUUGUAGGACCCAACUUUGAAACUUUGCUGUUCAUUUAUUCAAUCUCAGAAGCAUACUGGGUGGUCUUUUUCUUCUGCAUAACAUUAAAGAUAAAUUUUUGCAAAAACGAUGAUCCAUAAAAUGAAAGUCAUUAAUAUCUGGGUUUCUAUUCCUAUGUGAAGUGUUUCAAAGAAAAAAUCCCAAAUGCGAAGAUGUUAGAGUGGCUGACUGUUACCAACAGACUAAAGGCAAGCAUAAUGGGGUCACGUGGGUGAAAUUUUGUUAUGUCAUUGUUUAUUUAGCAAAUGUUUCCACCUAAAAAAAAAGAAAAGAAAAAAAAACACCAAGCAAAUGUGAAAAACUUUUGGAAAAUUAAGGUAUUUUAUUAAAAAUUUGCCAUUUCUAUCACUCAUUUCUAAUGUGAUUCUUCAAAAUGUGCAUGAACAUAGGCUGAUGGAAACCCAGCUAGUGGCAACAUAUACAGCCAGAACAGAAUUACUACCCAUGUUUCCUAAUGAUACCUCUGCAAACCACCUUGCGCAUGUUCACAGCAGUCUGGAUCAUGAGCUUCCUGUUUAUCACAUAAGUGCAGUUUUGUAUGCUAUUAUGCGACAGUAAGCUCUCGCUUCAGGCUGUUGUGAUCAGGGCAUUUCCCAAGGUUGCAGAUUGAAGAUAAUAGUGUCAUGAAUAAUGUUCAGUUUCUUGCUCAGACCAAUCAUUUCACUUUAUAAGGUCUUUAUAUAUCAUCAGGAGACAUGUGUAUUCAUUUUGUGUCACCUCAAUUUAAUUAUUUAAUUUGAUUAAUAGUUUCAAUAAUGGUUAAGGACAAGUAGUGGUUAAGGCCGGGGUUCUCAAUUCCCCCUCCUUCUGCCCUGCACAUUUUGUUUCCUUACUUAACUCACCUGAUUCAGAUCAUCAUCUCGUUAACAGAGAGAGCCAAAUACUGAUCCUUGUCUGUCAAAUAAGAGACAUACAAAAUGUGCAGGGCGGCGGGGCUCGAGGACUGGAAUUGAGAACCAAUGGGUUAAGGACAAAUUGACCAGAGGGCGAGUAAAUUAACAGCACAUUUUCCUUUGCGCUUCAUCAAUCUCUUUAACUUAGCAUAAUACAGAAAUCUUUCAUUAAUGUUUUCUUUGAAAACCCCACUGGCGACAUUUUCCUCUCUAAAUAUUCUUUGCAAUGAAUAAGGUCCAACUUGUGUUUGUUCUUAAUUCUGUAUAUUUAUGUGGGCAACAGGCAUUAACUAACCAGUUAGCAUUUUCUGCAAUCAGGGAUUUGAAUAGGCAGUUAAAAAAAGUUUACUGCAAAUUUAAUAAUUAUUUAUCAGCAUUUUGUUCCAAACUGAUAUUCUGUGCAUAUAUACUUAUAGUUUUUUUCUCUUUCAUUAUGUCGAUUCAUAAUGCUGAAGGGACACAAACACUGAUACUUUUUAAAAGAAUAUUAGAAUGAAUAUGAAAGGAUGUUAUAAAUGUUUGGAGAAAUGUGAAGAUGAGUUUUAAUUAUCUACCGCAGACUAUAAAACAUAAACCAUAUAAAAGAUUACACUGAAGAUAAUUGCAGACAGCACAGUAUAUAGUAUGUGUUUUAUGAACUAUGGGUACAGGUGCAAUUGUGUGUCUUGGUUAACAGGGACUACAUUAGCUGGUCAUUAUGUGUCCUUGCAACUCCCAUUAAUGCCAGUUAUGAUAUUUGACAAACCAUUAUGCUUUUGACAAGUCCAAAUAUAAUAUGCAUUUUCCUGUAUCCAUUUUGUAUGCUGUAUUUUAUGUUUUGUAUACAAAUGCAAUGUGUUUCUUUACAGUCAGUUCAUGUGCCAUAUUUAAUACUUCAUGUGCUUAAUUCAUUCCCAUUCCACUUGUUUGUGCCAUAUACAGCUGUUAAAUUGGGUCUCUGAGUUUAAUGAAAAGGACAAAUCAAAAUAAAUGUAUCCUUAUGCAUCCAAAGUAAAUACUUCAUGUCGAAAGCCUUUCUUGAAUGAUAUGCAAUUUUCCAAUUUUUGUGAACAAUUAAGUCCUGUUUUUUUUUUUUUUGGUGUAUUGUCCUUGGAUUACUCUGCCUGCGUAAUCCACUCUGGAUUGCUGUUUCAUUUCUUCAAAACAUCCUUUCCUAUUGAACACUUGUGGUCCCAUUUGACAACUAAAAUAAAUA